AUGUGUCUUCUGAGCCACUCUGAUUCCGAGCCACCUGGUCCCGAGCCACUUGGUUCCGAGCCUGAGUCCACCCGCAGCUCAACUACACAGAGGAGGAGACAGCAGUCUCUGGUAGAGGAGCAGAGGAGACAGCAGUCUCUGGUAGAGGAGCAGAGGAGACAGCAGUCUCUGGUAGAGGAGCAGAGGAGACAGCAGUCUCUGGUAGAGGAGGAGGACACAGCAGUCUCUGGUAGAGGAGCAGAGGAGGACUCAGCAGUCUCUGGUAGAGGAGCAGAGGAGGAGGACACAGCAGUCUCUGGUAGAGGAGCAGAGGUGACGAAAGCCGUCACCGCAGAGAGGAGCAGCAGCACAGCUCCACACGGACUCAUCAUCAUAGGGAUCUUUGUCUCCACCGCAACCAACACCAGUCACCUUCAGACCCGCGCACAGCAGGGAGCAGCCAUGCCUUUCGGAAACACGCACAACCAGUGGAAGCUCAAAUACUCCGGAGAUGAUGAGUUCCCGGAUCUGUCCAAACACAACAACCACAUGGCCAAGAUUCUCACCCCGGAGAUGUACGCGAAUUUGCGCGACAAACAGACCCCCAGCGGCUUCACCCUGGAUGACGUCAUCCAGACUGGAGUGGACAACCCAGGUCACCCCUUCAUCAUGACUGUGGGCUGUGUGGCUGGAGAUGAAGAGACCUAUGAAGUGUUCAAGGAGCUGCUGGACCCAGUGAUCGAGGACCGUCACGGAGGAUACAAGCCUACUGACAAGCACAAGACUGACCUCAACCCAGACAACCUACAGGGCGGAGACGACCUGGACCCCGCCUACGUGCUCAGCUCCAGAGUCCGAACAGGACGCAGCGUUCGCGGCUUCACUCUGCCACCGCACUGCAGCCGCGGGGAGAGGCGGGCCAUCGAGAAGCUGUCCAUUGAAGCCCUGGCGUCCCUGAGUGGAGACCUGAAUGGGACAUACUAUGCUCUGAAGAACAUGACUGAUGAGGAGCAGCAGCAGCUCAUCGAUGACCACUUCCUGUUUGACAAACCUGUGUCUCCUCUGCUGCUGGCCUCUGGGAUGGCCCGUGACUGGCCAGACGCCCGUGGCAUCUGGCACAACGACAACAAGACCUUCUUAGUGUGGGUCAAUGAGGAGGACCAUCUGAGAGUCAUCUCUAUGCAGAAGGGAGGCAACAUGAAGGAGGUGUUCAACCGCUUCUGCACUGGCCUCACCAAGAUUGAGAACCUGUUCAAACAGCGUGGUCAUGACUUCAUGUGGAAUGAACAUCUGGGCUAUGUUCUGACCUGUCCCUCUAACCUGGGCACCGGACUGAGGGCCGGGGUCCACGUCAAACUGCCCCUCAUGAGCAAGCACGCCAAGUUUGAGGAUGUGCUGAAGAAGCUGAGGCUGCAGAAGAGAGGCACUGGGGGCGUGGACACAGCAGCAGUGGGUGGGAUCUUUGACAUCUCCAACGCUGACCGUCUGGGCUUCUCGGAGGUGGAGCUGGUGCAGAUGGUGGUGGAUGGGAUCAAGCUUCUCGUGGAGAUGGAGAAGCGUCUGGAGAAAGGCCAAUCCGUCGAUGACCUAAUGCCCUCCCAGAAGUAA